AUGUACCCUGCUUCGAGUCUGCAGGUCAUUCUGGCCUUUCAACCAUCAAAUUUCCAAGACGCUUUGUCUCCUCCUGGUUCCAUCACCACCUUCAUUCGCAACGAUGCGGCAACCCCAGUAACAAUUCUAACAUGGAACACCCCUCUGGACUCUAAAGCUGGGGUCCUAGGUGUCUUUGAGAUUCGCAAUUCUGAAGAUUCUCAAAUAAUUCCCAUCGACAAAGUCAAGUUGUCCAGAAAAUUGCCAGCGACCCGCCAAGAUCUUGUGGAAAUAGAAGCGGGUCAGACCAUCAAUCAAACAGUCAAGCUCCCUGUAUUUAACUUUGAAGCGGGACAUGAAUAUGAUAUCCAAGCACAGGGGGUAUGGCAUGCCUUGUGGGAGAAGCCGUUGACAGAGGUGACCGAAUCUCACCUCUUAGAUUUCAGCGAAGCUACACGCGGGGAAUAUUGGUCAAACAUUGUUCGCGUCAAGUUCGAUUGA